AUGAAGCUGCUUUGGCCUACUUCUCUUCUCUUUGUCAUCCUGACAACAGCCGAACCGUACCUUCUAUUCUCCUCCGGUAACAGCGAGUACCAACUCGCGAACACCACAGCUGCCCCGGCUGUAUGGGUCGCGAAGAACGAACCUGUCGGGGUCCUUCGAGCCGCGCACGAUUUGACCGGUGACUUUGGCCGCGUUCUCAGUGUCAAUGGCACCGUCGAGGUCUUCGAUCCCGACGCCCCCGAAUCCGACGGCAAAGCUGUCAUCCUCGCCGGAACGGUCGGCCAGUCUACGCUCAUCGACAAGCUGGUCUCCGACGGGACGCUCGACGUGUCUCAGAUUAACGGAACCUGGGAAUCGUACAUCGCUCGCGUCGUCCAGAGCCCCUUUCCCAAUGUUCCAUGGGCCCUCGCCGUGGCUGGUAGCGACCGGCGGGGCACCAUCUACGGUCUUUACGACAUCUCAGAGCAGAUGGGGGUCUCGCCUUGGUACUGGUGGGCGGAUGUCCCUGUGAAGACCAAGACUGGCAUCUGGGUGUCGCCGGAGGGCACGUUCCAGAAAUCCCCGUCCGUGAAGUACCGCGGGUUCUUCAUCAAUGAUGAGUCGCCGGCGCUCUCGGGCUGGGUCGGUGAGAAUUUUGGGGAUACGUUUAAUAGCGCCUUCUACCGGCGUGUCUUCGAGCUGUGUCUCCGGCUCAAGGGCAAUUAUCUCUGGCCGGCCAUGUGGGGCAAGAUGUUCUAUGUCGAUGAUGUUCAAAACGGGCAGCUGGCGCAUGAUUACGGGGUCAUCAUGGGCACGAGCCACUACGAGCCGAUGGCCAGGUCUGAGCAGGAGCAAAAGACUUAUCUGGAUGGAGAGUGGAAUUGGAGGGAGAACCGGGCAAACAUCGAAGCGUUCUUCCAGCAGGGAAUUGAUCGGGCGAAGGACUGGGAUACAAUGUGGACCAUGGGCAUGCGCGGAGAAGGGGAUGCAGCAUCUCCCACUUUGACGGCAGCUGAUCUGGAGGAGUUGAUUCAUGCGCAGCAGAAGCUACUAGUUGAUUCAUUCAACACGAGUGACCCCGCUAGCAUUGCUCAGACUUGGGUUCUAUACAAGGAGGUCAGUGACUACUACGCGGCGGGAAUGGAGGUGCCUGACUCCGUUACUCUUCUCUGGACCGAUGACAACUCGGGCAAUCUGAUCCGCGUGCCCAUUGCAAAUGAAACGUCUCGCGUCGCCGGCGCAGGCGUAUACUACCAUUUCGACUACGUGGGCAGUCCACGGAGCUACAAGUGGAUCAACACAAUCCAGCUCGUCAAGACAUGGGAGCAGAUGCAUCUAGCCUACCAGAAAAGCGCUCGGCAGAUAUGGAUUGCGAAUGUCGGAGACAUCAAGGGACUUGAGGUGCCCUUGACACACUUCAUGGAUAUGGCCUACGACAUGGAUCGCUUUACGAGUCCGGAUGCCACCACAGACUGGCUGCAGCAUUGGGCUGCAGGGGAGUUCAAUCAACGGAUUGCCAACCGGACGGCUGACAUUCUCAAUCAAUACGGAAUCCUUGUUGCGCGACGGAAGUACGAAUUACUCAGCCAGACCCCAUUUGCAUUCAGCACGAUCUACAAUGACGAAGCAGAGACAAACCUGGCCCAAUGGGAGACUCUACUGGCCCGGACGCAGAGCGUUUACAACUCCCUGGACCAGGCAACCCGAACACCCUUUUUCGAAAUGGUCUUGCACCCCGUGCUGGCCGGUAAGACCGUCGUGGAUCUUUACACCAAGGCUGCCUUGAACGAGCUCUACCAUCAGCAAGGGCGGACAAGCACAAACCGCCUUGCCCAGCAAGUGAGGGACUUAUUCGCUGAAGAUGCUGCGAUCACAGAGCGAUACCACAGCGUCAAAGAAGGCAAAUGGAGGCCGAUCAUGAAUCAAGCCCACGUUGGCUACAGUUCAUGGAACGACCCUGUCGAUAACACCAACGUGAUGCCGGCGCUGCGCUACAUAGCAGACUCACAGGGCGCUCAGGGCUUAGGAGUCGCCGUCCAAGGCACUGCGGCAUCUUACCCUGAUCAGGAAACCUUGCGCCUUCUUUCCAUGGACCCUUACAUGCCACCGACAGAGUCCCGGUAUAUUGACAUCUUCGCUCGGAAAAACACCACCCUGUCGUUCUCCAUCUCCUCCAACACCUCCUCCGUAACAGUGUCACCAUCGACCGGGUCGCUAUCUUCCCCUGGCAACGGAUCCGACAUACGCAGCAUCAUCACCGUCGACUGGACCUCCACCGAACCCGGUCUCUCCCACACCGAACUGAAGGUACAAGCCAGCGACGGGUCCACCGCAACCCUCGUCCUCCCCGUCAACCACACCGUCGUCCCAUCCACCUACACCGGAUUCAUCGAGUCAAACGGCAUCAUCUCCAUCGAAGCAAGCCACUACACCAGCGCCUCGGCCCAAAACGGCGUCUCGUACAUCAAACUCCCUUAUUACGGCCGGACCCGCUCCGCCAUCAAGCCGUGGCCCGUGACGAUGGGAACGCAAUCUCCCACCACCGGGCCAGCGCUACGAUACGCUCUGUACACCACGACGGCGUCGUCCCGCGCGCGACUGAUCAUCAGCCUAGGAGCCUCGCACAACCACGACCCCACGCGGUGGAUCAAAUUCGCCUAUUCGCUGGACGGAGCGACGCCUGUUACCAUUCGCCCUGUGUCGUCCGCCCCCCCGUAUAAGGAGGGACAGGCGUGGCAGCGGGCGGUGGUCGAGAACGGCUGGACGUCUGUGGUGGAGCUCGCGGGGGUGGUUGGGACGGGCGCGCAUGAGCUGUCGCUCUGGCUUCUGGAGCCCGGGGUUGUUCUGCAGAAGAUUGUGCUGGAUAUGGGGGGGGUAUCGGAGCUCGACGCUGGGUCCGCCUGA